AUGUCUUUCGUCAAGCGCGUAGCUCUCUCCGCCCUCUACAAGCUCAGGCGCAUCCCCAUCAUGAUUCGCAACCCCUCUUGGGACGAGGAGGACGAGAUGCUCUACGCUGCAGACCCCGAGCUCAUGACGCGCGUGAAAGAGAUCAUCCGCAUCUUGACCUCCGACGAAGACGACAUUGCGGACGAGUUCGAGGAUGAGGAGGAAGAGCUAAGCGACUUCGUCGAGGUUCAUGCCAAAGUGAUCGCGCUGAGACGGCGUCUGGGACUGCCUAUCAUCACUCUCGACGAAUGA